AUUUUGGUUCCUGCCACCGACCAAUCCGAGCCUUUGUGAAGCCACGAAAAACGAUACACAAACCCGAGCCAUGCUCGGAGCGUGGCCAUGAUCUUGAAGAUUGGUCUCAUUUUGGGGCUUCACUCAAUCCUCGCAGUGUGCGUGUGCAGUGGAGUUCUAGACGUCGAUUUGGAGUUGCUGGCGCUGCUGCUGGGAAGUCAGCUGCCUUUUGCAGCACAGCUGCUGCACAAGGAUUCAGUGCUUUUGCUGAAGACCUGGGCUUUCUGGCCUGCUGUAAUCCUCUGCUAUGUGAUGCGCUAUGGCGAUAGCACAGCUGAAGAGAUCAUUGGAGUGAUAGCGGUGCAUGCGGCUGGCGGCUGCAGUCUCGUGAACUUGGCCACGAGCCCUGCGGCCAAGCUUCCAUGGAUAUGGCCGAUGAUGCUGCUAGCGUUGGUUAUCUCUUGUGCAGUGCUUACUUCCAGCCACCGGGACCUGUGGGACCGGGAGCUGUUGAAUCUCUGUGCAGCUUGGCUGGUCACAACUGUGACUGUGCUCUUGGUCUCCGAGCUUCUGCGGUCUCAUUUGGAGUGCCAGAAGGAGCUGGAGAAUCAGCGGGACUACAACCAGAUCCUUCUUCAGGCCUAUCAACCUUUUUCGCAGCUUGCAACGUGUUGCCUGCGAGGAUGCCCGUCCCUCUUCAACGUGACCUCCGAUUCUGAGUUGCAGAUGAAGUUGAUGAGCGCCAACAAUCCUGUGGUGGUCCGAAGUUCCGCUGAGUUCGAUGCGCUUUUUGGGCGCCAGAUGAUGGGACUGAGCUUGGACAAAGCCUGGGUGGCACAUCACCUGGGUCGUCAACAGUUGAAAGGCAUUUUUUGCCAAGACAAGCCGAAAGAGGAGCUGAACAUCACCUUUGUAGACGCCGAUGGAAACCUCUUUGAGUGUCGAGUCCCAAAGAGGUCGAGAGCACCUCCGAAGCUCCAGCUCCAGCGCAAGCACCGCGGGCAUCGCGGGCACGAGAGCUGGUGGUGGGCUUUUGUUUGGUCGGUGCCAAACGGCGCCCUCGAACUCUUGACAACGAAGUCCAAAUCAUUACCCGAACGAAAAGCUUGCGCGGAAGCAUUGUGCGACUCAGCAAAUUGCCGAGGUCGCCGCGAUCGAAGGUGUCCUCGUCGAGUCAGCAACCAGCUCCAGGCUCCUCCAAGUAGAUCUCCGGUGAAGGCCAGGGCGCUUCCUUGAUUGAGAAGGCCAUGAGAGAAUUG